AUGAUACAAAGAAAACACAUAGCUGGCAAAUACCUUGCACAUACUAGCUACUUACCUGGCAAAUACCUGGCGCAUACUAGCUACUUACCUGGCAAAUACCUGGCGCAUACUAGUUACAUACCAGGCCAAUACCUGGCACAUACUAGAUACUUACCUGGCAAAUACCUGGCACAUACUAGUUACAUACCUGGCCAAUACCUGGCACAUACUAGAUACUUACCUGGUAAAUACCUGGCACAUACUAGUUAUAUACCUGGUAAAUACCUGGCACAUACUAGCUAUAUACCUGGUAAAUACCUGGCACAUACAAGUUGCAUAUCUGGCAAAUACCUGGCACAUUGCUACCUGAUCACAGUAUUCUUAACCUACGCCUGCAGCUUCACUUCUGUAUGGUUCAUCGUCCUUGUGUCUCAUGAGAACUAUGUUCGCAUCGCCCAGCCACAGCUGGUCCCAACAGUCUGCACGCCAAGGCGUGCGGCGACCAACAUCUCUAUCGUCCUGCUCAGCGCAGCUGUCAUCUACAAUGUAUAUCUGUGGACCACGGAGGUUACCCCAAGCGAGGACGGCUCUAAGCUUUGUAUGGCCCUGGCCAGGUAUGAAAAACUGUUGGCAUCCAUCAACGUCCUUGACCUAGUGCUGACUCUCAUCAUUCCAGUUCUCCUGGUCAGCGGUCUGAUGCUGUUUACCUUGGUGGCGGUGGUCCAGGGUGCUAGAAGACAAAACCGGCUCAACGGGAAGCAAAGACGCGACGAGGAUCGAUCUCAGACAGCAGAGGCAAAGGUGGCCAAAUUCCUCACCAUCGUGUCGUUGACGCUCCUCUUUCUCCACAGCCCGAGUCACGUGAUCCGCCUCAAGCUUCUCAUCGCCAGCACCAUCGGCUCCUUUCACAUGACCGACUCAGACCCGGCGCUGCAACGCGCCUUCGAGGUCAUGUACUACCUGAACUUCUCGGCCAACCUGGCCAUCUUCGCCCUGGCCGGGGAGAACUUUAGGAGGACGCUUUCGGCCACCGUCAACUGCUGGCGCUGCAGUUGUUCUUGGCGGAGGACUUUGAGCCUGCUGAGAGUGUCAGGAAGGAGGCUCUGUCUCAGGAGCGAUCCCUCAGCGGUGAAUCUGGAACUUAGCCUAGUUUAUACCACAUAUGAAAACAUUUCUUACGAGAAGGAUGGCAGUGAGGUGUCACAUAGGCACGGACUUAUGGUUGUAAGUUCUAGAAAUGAUUUGGCUUCUUCCACAUCUUCCAUUAGUAUAGUGUAGUACCAAUUCUCAAUUCUGUUAGCUUAACAAAGACUCGGCAAACGUCUUUUUGGAUGGACGUAUCAGUGUACAAAGAGCGUCAGUUCUUUCUC